UACAAUUAUUUAUAAAAUUUAUUUAUUUUUAUGUUUCUUGCUAUUGACAUACGUAUAAAAACAUACUCUGACAGCCUCCCGUAGUUCAUAUUUUGACUGGCGCUGCAGUCACACUCAUAGCGAAUAUCUUAAUUUUCCUAAGUUUUACAUCGAGUUAAUAACUUAUUUUAGAGAGGAGAUUUUAGCUUUAGGGUUGGAUUUAUUAUAAGAAUGAUUUCUAAUUGGUCGAUUUCUUCAAGAGUGGGACUCAAAAGUAAAAGUGACGCCUUCGCUUAAUUUUCUCUCGGAAAAGUGAAACUAACCAUGUGUUUAACACAUGGCGUCGUAGUCGUUGCCUGGUUAGAAGAAAAGCCAUAAAAAAGGGAAUAUUUAGUUUAGCCUAGGAUAAUAAAGUUUAGUUUAGUUUAGUUUAUUAACAAAAUUAUGUCAAGGCAGUUGCCGAAUGACAAAGAAUGGCGGCAUGUGCUGCUACAUCACACCAGUUUUUAAGCCAGCUGUUUAUUGGAAAUAUAUCUCCUGUCAAUAUCAAUGACAAAAAUUACACCCAUCGACAAUUGAAAAAUUUCUUCUAAUGUCAAAAAUAAUAAUCAAAUCUAUCAGUUAAUUAAUUUUGAAAUGAUGAAGUAUAAAUUAAUAUUCAUAAUUUCACUGACUUACAUUUCAGUGGUAGUGUGUCAGGCGAAAUCUUACGAUGACAAAAGAUGCAAGUGUAUAUGCCCAAGUAUUUCUUCUGUGAUCAACACGACAACGCCAUCGAAUCCAACAAACAAACGUAUGAAUUUCAUAGGAAAUGUUUCUCCAUCUGAUUGCAAUUGCGACGGAGUUGUACUGCCAAAAAUUAAAGAUCAGCUGAAUGGACAAGAACUUAUUUUUUGCCCACGAUGUGAAUGUAAAUAUGAAAAUCGUAAUACAACAAUCAUUAAGAUAGUUGUUAUUAUAGUAAUAUGGGUAAUAUCAUUACUUGUAAUCUACAUGUUGUUUUUAAUCUGCCUUGAGCCGUUAUUAAACAAACGUCUGCGUAAAAGUAACAGUGGUGGUGGUUAUGAAGAGCAUACAAAUGAAGAUGACGAAACAAUAGCGUCAAACGCUGCGGGUACUUCUCACGCAAUGGGAGUUCGAGGGAACGUGUUGAACCGCGUAGGUCACCAACAGGACAAAUGGAAGCGGCAAGUUCGCGAGCAGCGUCGUAAUAUUUACGACAGACACACUAUGCUAAAUUAAGCUAAAGAGUUAAAAUUAUUAAUAUUUAAUUGUAUAAAAAAAUUACCUUAAGUUGUUAUUAUGAAUUAAUUAUAAUUAUAAUAAGUGAUAAAAUUUUAUAAUUAGAUCAGACAUAUUUUUUAAUGAUUAAAUAUUUGAUUUACAUAAAAGAGAUAGACACACUUAAAUUUUUAUUCAAUAGAAAUCUAGUCGUGACAAAUAUUUGGUGCAUGGUCAGAUCUGUCAACGAGUACACAAGCACACAAUUUAAAUAUGCUUUUAUUAUUGCAAAUAAACUGUAAAGUCACAUUAAUUAUUCAUUUAAAUAAAUAAAAUUAAUGUUUAAUUAAUUAUUAAAUAA